AAAAAUUCAGUGAAGCUACGAUGAGAUUACGAUUUACUUAUGAUUUGACCUUAGAGUAAGUAGGUUAAUAAAUGUAAGAUUUUGUACAUUUUACUUUUAUUAUUUUGUAAUAGUUUAUGAUUUUUUUCAUGUUUGUUCACUAAAUUAUCUGUAAAUAAACAUACAAUAAUGAGGGAAAUAGUCCAUAUUCAAGUCGGAAGAUGUGGAAACCAGAUUGGAUCGAAGUUCUGGGAAGUAAUAUCCGACGAGCAUGGGAUAGACCCUAACGGCUGCUAUUCAGGUGACUCCGAGCUUCAACUAGAACGGAUCAACGUUUACUACAACGAAGGAGCUGGUGGAAAAUACGUCCCACGCGCCGUAUUAGUCGACCUUGAACCUGGCACUAUGGAUUCCAUACGCGCUGGACCUUACGGACAAAUUUUCCGACCUGACAACAUAGUCUAUGGCUCGAGUGGUGCAGGCAAUAACUGGGCUAAAGGACACUAUACUGAAGGAGCAGAAUUGCUUGAAUCUAUCCUUGACGUUGUUAGAAAAGAAGCAGAAGGUUGCGACUGUUUACAAGGAUUCCAAGUCGUCCAUUCAAUCGGAGGCGGCACAGGUUCCGGAUUAGGAACGUUACUGCUAUCGAAUCUUCGAGAAGAAUAUGCCGAUAGAAUAAUAUUAACCUUUUCAGUGGUACCAAGUCCCAAAGUGUCUGACACUGUUGUGGAGCCAUAUAACGCAACGCUCUCCGUAAAUCAGUUGAUAGAAAAUUCUGACCAAUCAUUUUGCAUUGACAACGAAGCGUUGUACGAUAUUUGCUUCAGGACUUUAAGGUUGCAUACGCCGACGUAUGGGGAUUUGAAUCAUUUGGUUUCAGCGACUAUGUCUGGAGUAACAACGUGUUUACGUUUCCCUGGGCAGUUGAAUGCAGAUUUACGCAAGCUUGCGGUAAACAUGGUGCCUUUUCCAAGGUUGCAUUUCUUCAUGCCCGGAUUCGCCCCAUUAACUGCUCGUGGAAGUCAAAAAUACCGUGCUUUAACUGUACCGGAACUAACUCUACAGAUGUUUGACGCUAAAAACAUGAUGGCUGCUUGCGAUCCCCGUCAUGGACGCUAUUUAACAGUGGCUGCAGUCUUCCGUGGUCGUAUGUCUAUGAAAGAAGUUGACGAGCAAAUGCUUAACAUCCAGAACAAGAAUAAGGACUACUUCGUGAAAUGGAUACCAAAUAAUGUCAAAACUGCUGUCUGCGAUAUUCCGCCACGGGGUAUGAAGAUGUCUGCUACAUUCAUCGGUAACACCACAGCGAUCCAAGAACUUUUCAAGAGAAUUUCAGAACAAUUCACAUCUAUGUUUAGAAGAAAAGCUUUCAUUCAUUGGUACACGGGUGAGGGAAUGGAUGAGAGUGAUUUUACUGAGGCGGACAAUAAUCUGAAUGAUCUGAUUUCGGAAUACCAACAGUACCAGGAUGCGACGGUUGAGGACCAGGAGUUUGAAGAUGAGGAGGAUGAGACGGCGCCUAAUGAUGAAAGUGAUGAAUGAGUUUUGUUUUCUAUUUUGUUAUUUAUUAAAUUAUUGUUGUAUUCUU